AUGGCACAGAGCGAACCAGACACCUGGAUUAACACUCGGGCACCCCCGCAUACACAGCUUUUCUCGCCUUUUUUCCAGAGAAGAUGAGGGUGCUCUACGUGUGUGUGCUGCUCGCUCUGAGCCUCCGCGGACUGGCGAGGAGGCUGCGCCACAAAGAAUGCUUCGACGAGGACGAGAUGAAAGCGCGCGUGGACAGGUUUCUGCGGAACCACGUGGCCGAACCCGUCCCUGAGACGGCGGGGCAGCUUGGGGGGCACAUGAAGGGGCACAUGGAGGGGCACGUGGAGGGGCAGCUGUGCUCCAGCUUCCAGCUGCAGGCCUCCUCCCCGCACCACAGCAACCGCUCUAUCUCCCCCUGGCGGUACAGAAUUGACUACGACGAAGACAGGUACCCGAAAUCUGUGGCCGUCGCCGUGUGCCUUUGCGAGGGCUGCAUCAUUAACGGCACCGAGGACACGAGCUACAACUCCGUGCCCGUGAGGCAGGUGAGGAGGGUGCUGCGGCGCGUGCGCUGCCCCUUGAACUCCACGAGGUACUCCCUGAAGACCAGCUUGAUGGAAGUGCCCGUGGCCUGUACCUGCGUUAUACCGAAGCAGUGACACGUCGCGGGAGAGGCGCUUCAUCCCCGCAUCGCUUGCGGGGGGGCUUUUCCCGUGCUCCGCUCCGCUCUGUUUCUCUGCCGUCUUUCAA